GGAUAAUACAAUUCAAAGAAUUGUAUUCUUUCUUAGCAUCAAAGAAAAUCAAGUCCCAAACAGGGCUUAAAAACUGCUAACGUAGAAGUUGAAACUUCGAAACAGACCAAUCGUUCUCUCCCUCUCUUCCUCUGUCUUGUCUAAUCCUGUUUAGUAAAUCUUUGUCUCCCAGCUCGGCCCUAGCUGACUCAGCGCAACUUUACAAUGAGUCAGGAAUCGUUCAUCUACAGCUUUGUCUCUAGAGGCACCAUGAUUUUGGCCGAGUACACCGAGUUCACUGGGAACUUUCCGGCGAUCGCAGCUCAGUGUCUUCAAAGAUUGCCUUCCUCUAACGACAAGUUCACCUACAAUUGCGACCACCACACCUUCAAUUUCCUCGUUGAGGAUGGUUACGCAUACUGUGUAGUUGCAAAAGAAUCUGUUAGCAAACAGAUCUCUAUUGCUUUUUUGGAGCGCAUGAAAGCAGACUUCAAGAAAAGAUAUGGGGGCGGUAAAGCAGACACAGCUGUUGCCAAGAGUCUCAACAAGGAGUUUGGGCCAAUUAUGAAAGAGCACAUGAAAUAUAUUAUUGACCAUGCUGAAGAAAUAGAGAAACUAAUAAAAGUGAAGGCUCAAGUUUCAGAAGUUAAAAGUAUAAUGUUAGGGAAUAUUGACAAGGCUAUUGAUAGAGGUGUGACGAUAACAACCCUCGCCGACAAAACUGAGAAUUUACGCGAUCAGGCCCAAGCAUACAAGAAACAGGGGACACAAAUCCGAAGGAAAAUGUGGUAUCAGAACAUGAAGAUUAAGUUGGUUGUUCUUGGCAUCUUGUUACUUCUGGUUCUCAUAAUCUGGCUAUCCAUUUGCCGUGGAUUUGAUUGCACCAACUAGUAAUCUUCAUUCUUCAGCAUAUAUACAACUCAGGUGCACUCGUAUACAAGAAAGCUUUGCAACAAUUUGUGUUCUGCCGGGGGUUUUAGCCUUGUCAAAAUUGUUUCUUGCCUAGUUUACAAGUCAGCGUUGGGGAAUUUGAGUACUGUCAUUAGGUGAGGGAGAGCUGUCUUGUGUGCCUGUACUGUCUGUCGUAUAUUACAGGAAAUUUUUUUAAUCUUUUGUUUCUUUUUCCUUAAUUUCACAUAGAAGUAAAAUUCCACUACCACCUUCCAUCCCUUUUCUUUUCUUUCCUGUUUCCCUGGAAUUACAAUCAGAGAAAUUAAAAUACAGUGGCAAUUUGUUUGGUUUCA